AUGACUGGCUUUACCGUUCUCCUGCUUUUCCAGCUUCUAUGGCUCGGAGCUGUUGCUGGUCAGCGAACAGUAUGUCCAGCAAACUUCAACAGCGUCAUGAGUAACGAUGUGUCUUCUUGUAAAGGCUUGGUUAAGAACCCCGAAUCCUGCUGUCAGUCGCUUCGAAAGAUGGAAACUAACAUUCUCUCUGCAAGCUACAAUAACGGAUCUGCCGACGCUUUGAAAAUUGUCGGGAGUCCGUCAUACAAUAAUGCUUGUCGUAACACCUUCCGCACGGUUUUACAGAAGAAAGGGGUAACGGUGGAUGUCUUUGGCCUCUGUAGCGGUUAUUGGCUGUUCCCUCUUGCAGAAAAGAACAUCACCAAAAGCACUUGUCCUUUAACAAGCUACGAAGAUGUCGGUUCUGUUGUUAGCUACCGAUCAUUGUCAGCUUCAUGCAAUAACGCGAAGUGCUCCAAUCCUUCGACUCAAGCAUCGACCUCCGCCUGUGGCCAAAGUAUUCUCGAUGCGGCCAUUAUGCUGACAGAAAACGAUUCUCAGAUCAGCGACUGUUACUACGUCGUCACAAUGAGACUCGCGCAAGCGCACUUCAAGAGCGUCUACAAAUCCGUGUUCUUCUUGUGCGACGCUGUGCCUCCACUCGCUAAUGUAAGAAUUGCUCGUUUUAAGUCUUUCAUUCAGAUUCUAACUUGA